GUCAGUCUGUGAUUGUGCCAUGGGCUCUCAUCUUCCUAGUGAAGAACCCUCGGACAACACGGCCGCUUCAAAGGGCCUGAAAUUUGGAGUUGACAGGAUUUUGGCACGUGACCACAAUCCGACCACCGUCCCUUAUCUACCUCGACUGACUGUAGUGGAAAAUUCAGGCCCUUGUUCAGAAUGUGUCAGCUCUGCGUUCAGGUGUUGCAGCAGGAGUUUGCCCCAGUUCUACCAAACACAAUUUUUCCACACCCUCAACACUCCGAACAUCCUUCAUGCUCCGAAACCCAUCAGGCCUUACACCAACCUCGUAGUCGACAGGGACGAACGGGUAUCGCUGGGCAAAAGGAAAAGAUCCUGGUCGAGGGCGGUUUUUUCCAAUUUACAAAGGAAAGGUCUUGAAAAAAGAUUCCAAAUGCAGAAAUACAUAACGAAACCAGACAGGAGGCAACUUGCAGCGACCCUGGGACUUACAGAUGCACAGGUCAAAGUGUGGUUUCAAAACAGAAGAAUGAAGUGGAGGCAUACAAAAGAGAUGAAAUACCACAGCAGCUCGAACCAGAGUAGUAUGCAAACUUCCAGUCAGAAGCUGGCAGCGACCAAAACGGAGUCGAGCCCAGAAAUACACGUCACCUCCUCCAUUCCUUACGUCAGUAAUGUGUGACGACGAGAAUAUUGUGAUCGUACUAGCCACGUGUAAAUAUUGAUUUUAACCUGUACAAAGACAAAUACAAAAUAUUUCAAAA